GCCAAGCCGAGAAGCAGGCGGGCGGGCGGGCGGGCCGACGACCUCCCUGCCCCCCGCGUCCUCCUCGUCCGGAGGAGGCGGAGCGGAGGCGGCAGAGCAGGACGACCGGCCGCCGGCAUGCGCGGGUAGCAGCCCCGGGACUGAGGAGGAGGAGAGUUUUUGUGAUCCGGCAGCUUGAAGGCCAUGGGGAACAGGAGAGGCAGAAGCAGCAGGACUUGAAGAACUUCAACUGGAUGUGCAUGGGCCAGGAGUGGACCCUGCUGCCACAGUCCAGCCGCCCAUGCCUUGAACAUCUGGAAAGGGGCGAUUGAGAGGCACUCCAGAUGCCUGCCUCACACCUGUGGAAGUCCCUUCCCUUGGAUGUUUGAUUUUCUGCAGAACUCCCUUCUCCACAGAGAUGCUGACCCCUGUCUCAUAUGUCGGCAGAGUGGUGGUCCUCUUGGCGGCUGUUUUGGUGACCACAUCCAUCACCAUGUCGGGAGAAUGGGGAGAAGAAGGGGUGACGUAUGGCCAGCUGGGAAAAGAUGUGAUCCUGACGUGUGCGGGAGCGAGUCCAGGCUCCCCGGUGGAAUGGCGGUGGGAUGGCGCCACGGUGCUCCCGGGGGACUCGGCAGCCCCGCCAGGGCAGCUCCUCCUGCCCCGUGCCCAGCUCGCCUCCGAAGGGAUCUACAGCUGCCACGACACCAGCGGGCUCCUCCUCAGCUCCACUGCGCUUCGUCUCGGCCGCCUGCCCGGGGUGCCCUCCUUCUCCUGCAGAGCGUCAAACUAUGAGAACUUUUCCUGCUUCUGGGCUUCCAGUGUCGAGACCUUUCUGCCAACCAGAUACAUCGCCACCUAUAGGAAAAGGCUCCAGCAGCCCAAAGAUGAGAGCCAAAGGUCUCCGACUAGCGACAUGGGGCUGUGCAUCCAGGAUCCUGCCCACCCGCUCUUGUGCACCGUCAGCAAAUCUCAGUUCUGGAGCUCCUACCGCAUGAAUGUGACGGAGGUGAAUCCGCUGGGCUCCAGCUUCCGACUCCAGGACAUCACCGUCCAAGCCAUCCUCAAGCCAGACCCCCCAGAGGGCCUGCGGGCAGAGCCGGUGCCUGCGGCCCCAAGACGGUUGCACGUAAGCUGGGAGUAUCCUUCCUCGUGGCCCAGAGAGCCUCACUUCCAACUCAGGUUCCGGCUGCAGUAUCGACCCGUCAUCUACAAUUCCUGGUCUGUGGUGGAGACAGCCAAUGUGUCCGAGGUGAUCACCGAUGCCUUCAUGGGCUUGGAGCAUGUGGUCCAAGUGAGCGCUAAGGACUUCCUUGAUGCCGGGAGCUGGAGCGAGUGGAGUGCUGAGGCGUGGGCCACGCCUGCCACUGGACAAACGGCAGCACCCAGCGAAGCCGCCACUGCCGCCGCCGAGCCCGAGUGGCCAGCUGAGGAGCCCUCUCUGGCCCCCAAUAAUGAGCCUGUUGCAGGCCGCAGUGACCCCACGGAGAAGGUGGCAGUUCUGGUGUCGCUUGGCGUCUUUGCCUUCUUUGUCUUGGCGGUGAUUCUGGCCUUUGCCUUUCUGUUGUGGAUCCGGAUGAAGAAACACAGCAAAGAGGCCACCAAAAACCAUGACCUCCUCGCAGCUGCUAUCCACAUGAAGGCCUUGCCCAAAGCUCAGAUCUUGUAGCAAGGACCACGACCAUCCCCCAGCAGCACAGCCCCCACUCCCAAGAGGGGGCACAACAGCACCACUGACCUCACCACCUGCAGCUGCCCAUCAACCCUCGGAGAGGUGCGCUGUGGGGUGCCCCUUCCCCUGCCCCACCACUACAGCAGAAGGACCCUCUUGGGAAAGAAGCUCAGCACCCGGGCCUUUUGGGGGAGGCCCACUGGCCUGGGGGGCACCGUGGCUGCCUGAACACCAGUUCCCCCCUUUGACACCAGCAAACCAGAUGCUGGAGGCUUCUGGUUUGGACUAGGCGAUAGCACCCUCUGCCCAGCGCAGAACAGCAGGAGGACAACAGCAAAAACUGCCGUUGAGAUUUCCGUGCCCGCUGAGCCUGGUGGACAGCAUCUGUGCCAGGAAGGGCUGGCAGAAGGCCUGGCCCUGUUGCCCUUGCUUCUGGUGCCAUCAUCCCCCGCAUGGAGCUACAGCGUGAGCCGUGGGACAGUUGCGAGGUUUGGCUACGCUCUCCUCCUCCCCACCCCGUUUGCCACCCGUCAAAGGCAGCAUCCCUCAGUGAGCCAACGUCCGUCUGGAGCCCAGGCAGGGGAUCUGCACCGGGGGAAUCCUGCACCCUCUUCCAGGAAGGGAAUGGCAGACAAGGAGAGAGACCUUAAGGGGCGGAGCCUGGCAAAGACACCCCCCCCCAAAAAAAUGACCGCGUCCGGCAGCAAGAAUGGCAAAGACCUGGGGCCCUUCAGGUGUCAUCGGACUUGCAGCUCCUCUUGUGCCAGCCAGCACAGAAGGAGGGUGACGGGGUGACGGGAGUUGGGAUGGCAGCAUCUGGAGGGCCAGAGGCUCCCUAGCCCUGCAGUGUGGCAGCCGGCUGCGUGUGCGUGUGGGCAUGCUCGUGCACACACGUGAACCCGUUUGGAUGGGACUCCUUUCAGCGUUUGGGACCUGGAAUUUAAUUCUCUUUGUUUUAAUGAAUAUUUAGCAGUCA